AUGGGUUCAGAUCCUCAGUACGCAAAGUGGCCGCUGCUGCCGCUCUCGCAGCACGUCUUCACCCUCACAAACGCCUACGCCUCGAAACAGUCGCAGCAGUCUGCCAUCAAGGCCCUCCAAGAUGCCAUCGCCGAGGACAAGAUGGCGCCGUUCUACCGCUACCUGGCGCACCCCAUCGACGGCAUCCUCAACCAGGUCGGCGAGGGCGGCGCCUCGGGCCCCGGCAAGCCGCUCAGCCGCAAGUCCUCUCUCGUUGGCAUGAUUGCCACCAAAGCCGCACAUAGCGCCCACCUGCCCUGGGACGAGGCCCUGUACGCGCGUUUAAAGGAGGAUAACGAUAAGGAGCUCGCGCAGUUCCAGAAGGAGGAGGACGAGGCCGAGGAGCAGGCCGGCGAGACGGAAGUCAUGGCCGCAAAGGGCAAGCGUGCAGACUUUUGGGCUCGCGUGGGUGACAAGGAGAAAGCAAUCACAGCGUACGACGAUGUUUUCGAAAAGACGGGCAUCCUCGGCAGCAAAAUCGACCUCGUUCUCGCGAUAAUACGCAUGGGCCUGUUCUACGGCGACAAGCAGCUUGUUAAAAAGUAUAUCGAGCGCGCAAAGGGUCUCGUUGAAACUGGCGGUGACUGGGACCGCCGAAACCGCCUCAAGGCCUACGAGGGUCUUCAUCUCCUUACCGUCCGUUCCUAUAGUGCCGCUGCCCCUCUUCUCCUCGACUCGUUGUCAACCUUUACCAGCUACGAACUCUGCACGUACUCAAACCUCGUUGUGUAUUCUGUCCUGGCCGGCUCCGUCUCGCUGAAGCGCGUCGACUUCAAGUCCAAGGUGGUCGAUGCCCCCGAGAUCAAGGCCAUUUUGGGCGACGGCGAGGACAAGCUGCUCGCUCUAAGUGGUGCGUUGAGCGCCGGUCCCGGCGCCGACGACACUCCAGGCACAAACACUCCCAAGGCCACGACGACGGCUGUCAACCUGACUAUUCUCGGAUCGAGCACAGAGCAGUCCGAGGCCGAGGCGGCGAUCGACUUUUCGCCGCUGGCGCUGCUCGUCAGCAGCUUGUACAACGGCAACUACAAGACUUUUUUCCAGUCGCUCGCCUCUGUCGAGGAGCAGUUCCUCAACCAGGACCGCUAUCUGCACGAGCACAAGGCGUGGUUCAUCCGCGAGAUGCGCCUCCGCGCGUACCAGCAGCUUCUCCAGAGCUACCGCGUCGUCGGCCUCGACAGCAUGGCUAAUGACUUUGGCGUCACGGUGGACUUUUUGGAUCGUGACCUGGCUCGCUUCAUUGCCGCCGGACGCAUCCCUUGCACAAUUGAUCGUGUAUCCGGCAAGGGCGUCAUUGAGACCAACCGACCAGACGACAAGAAUAAGCAGUACCAGGACGUUGUCCGACAGGGCGAUCAGCUAAUUACCAAGCUACAAAAGUACGGACAGGCUGUUAGACUUCGAGGCAGCGAGAGAGCAUAA